AUUAAGAGGGAGCGGAGGCCUCCCAAAAACCCCUAAAACCCUUUUCGCCUUUUAAGCUAAGCUAAGCUUGUGGAGGCUGGCCGCUCUUCCCCUCUGACUCCCUUCAAUCUCCUCAGCCAUGGCUACCGUCGCUUCACUUCCGCCGCCUGCCGAUCAUUUUUCCUUAGAAGCUGCAGACUUGCUGCAGAAUUUGUCAUUGGAUUCUCAGGCCACGGACGCCAAAAUUUCUGACCCCGCCAAGAAGGCCAAUGCUGUGACUACUAAGCUCCAGUCAACUGACCGGACUAGGACUACCACCCCAUCACUGAAGGAUUCAACCAUGCCCUAUCACCCUAAUGGUUAUGCCUCUUCUGCCUAUUACUAUGGAGGAUAUGGUGGACUUGAGUGGGGCAACAAUAUGAAUUCUGUUGUCUAUGGUUAUGGUUAUGCACCCUAUAACACAUAUUCAACAGCAGGGUCUCCAACUGUGGGAAGUGGUCAGCUAUAUGAACAGCAGUAUCAAUAUCCUCCCUAUUUUAAGCAGCUGCCUCCUAAAAGUGGUACACCCUACAUGCCUAAUUCAGCUGUUCCUUCCAAGGGGGGUGUUUCCACCACUAAGGAUGCUGACCAAAAGUCCUCACCGGUAGGAACAGCUAAUGGGAUAUCUAAUGGUAUUUUGUCCAGUGUGGGGCUGAAGGAAAAUAAUCUUUCAGACUUCUCCAAAUAUCAAAACUCAUCUCUGAAUGUAAAGGGUUCCUAUGAGGGAUACCCUGAUGCAGUUUAUGGUUUUGAUGGUUUGAUGUCUCCCAUACCAUGGUUAGAAGGGUCAACGUUUUCAAAUGGACAGGCUAAGGGGAUGACCGGAAAUACAGUCAACAGAACUCCGUCUUCUAAGAAUCAGAUUUCCCGACCAAAUUCUCCAUACAUGGGUUUGCUGCCAAGGUUGGGGUACGGUUUGGAUACAGCUCGUGGACUUAGUGGGAUGUAUGCCAACGAUUUAUAUGGUCAUAACUGGAACACAUAUGGACUUGGUAUGGGGUAUGGAUCCAAUAGUUUUGGUAUGGCAAGAAAUGGAUAUGGUUGGACCUCUCUUCAAAACAAGUAUAAGUCUAGGGGGCGUGGCAGCACCUUUCGCUAUGGUAACCAGGACAUAGAUGGGCUGGAGGAGUUGAACAAAGGACCUAGAGGUAGGAGUUAUAAGGCCGGGGUCAGUGUGGCGUUGAAUAAAGCUAAUGAUGAGAAGGAUACAACUAGCACCAUUCCAGAGAGGGAGCAGCACUCCGGAGCAGAUAUCCAUGAUAAUUACUCAGAUGCUAAGUUCUUCAUUAUAAAGUCAUAUAGUGAGGAUGACGUUCAUAAGAGUGUUAAGUAUAAUGUCUGGGCCAGCACACCAAAUGGAAACAAGAAACUUAAUGCAGCAUACCAGGAGGCUCAGGAGAAAGCUAGUGGCUGCCCUGUAUUUCUGCUCUUCUCUGUGAAUGCUAGUGGUCAAUUCGUUGGCCUAGCGGAGAUGGUGGGGCUGGUUGAUUUUGACAAGAAUGUGGAGUAUUGGCAACAAGACAAGUGGACCGGUUGUUUCCCUGUUAAGUGGCACAUUGUAAAGGAUGUACCCAACAGUUUGCUAAAGCACAUUACCCUUGAAAACAAUGAAAACAAACCUGUCACAAACAGUAGGGACACUCAAGAGGUCAAGUUAGAGGAGGGGCUUAAAUUGAUCAAACUAUUCAAGGAUCAUUCCGGUAAAACAUGCCUUUUGGAUGAUUUUGAGUUCUAUGAAGAUCGGCAAAAGACAAUUGAGGAAGUUAAAGCAAAGCGACAGACUCGGAAGAAGGUAUUGGAGGAGAAGCCAACUGAUGGAAGAAAUGAUGGGACAGAAGAGGCACUACUCAAAUCACCAGAGUCAUUGGGAACUGCAUUGGAUUUGGUUAAGGAACCAACACCAGUUGAUCAGAGUGAUGAACAAAUGAAGCCUUUGGAGAAUGGCUCAGUCGCAGAAGCUGGAGAUGACCUGAAGGGUCCACAACCAGUUGUUGAAGAGUCUGAGGUGAUUGUAACAAAGUAGGUGACAAAUGUGUUAGAUGGUUGGUUGCUAGCUUGUGCAAUGGAGAAGAUUUUCUUAGUAGGAGAUUCCCCUUGGAGGUUUUGCUGGUUUAGCUUAGCUGCUUUAAAUAGAGUAUAAUUCACAGUAGAAGUGGUGUGUUUGUUAGAGACUUGAUGAGGCAGGCUCGUGUUUUCAGAGUCCCACCCGAACCCAUCUUAUUCUAUUAUUUGGGGGGUUGGUUUUAACUCUUUGCUAAUAUCCUGCCUCUCUUUAUAUGCGGGAUAGCAUGGUUUGUGUUUUGUAAGAGAAAUAUAGUGAGUUUGAGAUGGUUGCCUGUGCCCUUCUUUUGGUUA